AUGGAUACUCAAUCGAUCUAUUCCCUCAGCGUGCUGAGCGCCUCACGCGACCCAGAAAUCGAACCAAGAAGCGAAUACCAGGCCAAACUGAAAGAGUUCAUCCUCGCCUUCCAGAUCGAUGGCUCAUACAUAUAUCGCGACCAGAUCCGCGAGAAUGUGCUGGUCAAGCGAUACUUCUGCGACGUCGACGUUGCCCACUUGAUCUCCUAUAGCGAAGAACUCGCGCAUAAGCUCACUACUGAGCCCGCCAACAUCAUUCCCCUUUUCGAAGCAGCCCUGAAACAAUGCACACAACGCAUCGUAUACCCUCAGCAGCCAAAAAUAUUAAACGAACUGCCACACCAUCAGCUACUUCUGCACUCUUCGAUAUCGCUGCUAUCUAUUCGAGAUCUGAACGCCACCAACGUCUCCCAUCUAGUCCGCAUACCCGGCAUCGUCAUCGGCGCUUCUGUCCUGUCGUCGAAAGCCACAGUUGUAUCGAUAGAGUGCAGAAAUUGUGGUCAUAAGGAUCGGGUCACCGUCGAUGGAGGUAUCUCAGGCGUCACUCUUCCCCGAGUAUGCGGCCGGACGAAAGAACUUAACGAUGACCCCGCCAACAAAUGUCCUUUGGAUCCCUACUUUGUGCUACACGAGAAGUCGCAAUUCAUCGAUCAGCAGAUCAUCAAGCUCCAGGAGGCGCCAGACGCUGUACCUGUCGGUGAGCUGCCUCGCCACAUCGUUGUGUCUGCCGAUCGCUACCUCACAAAUCGCGUGGUGCCGGGGUCAAGAUGUACUGUUAUGGGAGUUUUUUCCAUCUACCAGGCGCAAAAGUCUGGAGGCAAGAAGGACAGCGCUGUGGCAAUCAGGAAUCCGUAUCUCCGUGCUGUUGGCAUCACCACAGAUAUCGACCAAACAAUGAAGGGAGUGCAGACAUACACUGAAGAGGAGAUCCUUCAGUUCGAGGAGAUGUCGCGCCUACCAGAUCUCUACGAUCGCUUUGCCAGAUGUAUUGCUCCUUCCAUCUACGGCAACCCGGACAUCAAGAAAGCCAUUGCAUGUCUGCUCAUGGGCGGCUCCAAGAAGGUGCUGCCUGACGGCAUGAAACUCAGAGGCGACAUCAACGUGUUGCUACUCGGUGAUCCCGGUACAGCAAAAUCCCAACUCCUCAAGUUCACAGAAAAAGUCUCGCCCAUCGCAAUCUACACAUCCGGCAAAGGUUCAUCAGCAGCCGGUCUCACAGCCUCAGUCCAGCGCGACACCCAGACACGCGAGUUCUACCUCGAAGGAGGAGCCAUGGUCCUCGCCGAUGGAGGUGUAGUUUGUAUCGACGAAUUCGACAAGAUGCGUGACGAAGAUCGUGUGGCCAUCCACGAAGCCAUGGAGCAGCAGACAAUCUCGAUUGCGAAAGCUGGCAUUACCACAAUCCUCAACGCACGCACCUCUGUCCUCGCAGCAGCCAAUCCAAUCUUUGGCCGGUACGACGACCUGAAAUCGCCAGGAGAGAACAUCGACUUCCAAACCACCAUCCUCUCGCGUUUCGACAUGAUCUUCAUCGUCCGCGACGAUCACGACCGGGCCCGCGACGAGAAGCUUGCCAAGCAUGUAAUUAGCAUUAACAUGGGCAACGCCGGCUCGGCAGAGGAACAAGUCGAGGCUGAGUUCAGCGUCGACCUGAUGAAGCGAUAUAUCAGCUAUUGCAAAUCACGCUGCGCCCCCCGCCUCUCCCCCGCUGCCACCGAAAAGCUCUCGUCUCACUUCGUCUCAAUCCGCAAUCGCGUCGCGCAAUCCGAAAAAGCAGCCAACGUCCGCUCCUCCAUCCCCAUCACCGUCCGCCAACUCGAAGCCAUCAUCCGCAUCACCGAGUCCCUCGCCAAACUCACCCUCUCGCCCGUCGCGGACGAAACGCACGUUGACGAAGCAAUCCGCUUGUUCUUGGCCUCGACCAUGGACGCCGUCGCGCAGGGCGAGGGCGCUGCUACUGGCGGAAUCGGUGGCGGCGUGGGCGGGAAUCGCGAGCUGAUGGAGGAGGUAGGCAAGGUGGAGGAGGAAUUGAGGAAGAGAUUGCCCAUUGGGUGGAGCACGAGUCUUGGGACGUUGAGAAGGGAGUUUGUUACCGGGAGGGGUUAUAGUGAGGCGGCGCUGGCGCGGGCUUUGCAUGUGCUGCAACGGAGGGAGACGGUGAGAUUACGGAACGGCGGAGCGCAAGUCUAUCGGAGUGGUGUCUGA